GUGCACUUCUACCCGGUCCUGUCCCCCGCGGAGAAGUCGGCAGCGCUUCGCCUGUACCUUAUCUUCGCCGAGGCGCUGACGCGGGCCGGCGUGAGCUUUUUCCUGCGCGCCGGAUCUCUCCUCGGGACACAUCGCCACCACGGGUUCAUCCCAUGGGAUGACGACAUCGACAUUGCCGUCAACGUCACAGACUGGAGGAAGGUCCUGGAAACCCUGGCGUGCGUCGAGGGCCACUUCUUGCUCGUCCAGACGAACAUGCACUGGGUUUUCUUCGAAUCCUCGAACAGGUACCCGUUUAUCGACCUUUUUUUCUACACAGAAAACAACCAGUACAUCUACGCCGUCACCCAGUACACCCGGCGCACUUUCGUUUUAAUCAAAUCUGAAGUCUUCCCCCUGACCGAGGGUCAGUUUGAGGGCAUCCCAGUGCCCAUACCGGGACACACGGGCGUCAUACUCAGGAAGCAGUACGAUUUCGACGACUGCGUCUCUAGAAGUUCCGACCACAGAACAGGUGAUUCAUUUGACGACAUCAUCAGCGUGCCGUGCUCCUCUCUUAAAUAUAUGUACAAAAUGUACAACCUGAAUAGCUAG